AUGGACGCGUCCGUGGCGAGUACAGGCAAGCGGCCUUCAGAGGCUAGAGACCCAGAAGAAGAGUCUACCGAUUUCAAGUUGGCCUUGCUGGCAUCUUUGCAUCCUACAGUUGAUGAAGGGACUCUGCUUGAAGCAUUGCUCGCCGCUGAGGGGGCCGUUGAACAAGCCUCGGAGUGUCUGUCGCGACCUCAAGUUACUUUCCCACGCAAGCGACCCGCAUCAUCGACAGUGGGCUAUCAAUCGUCACUGAGCUCGUAUCGCAUUGCUCCGGCCAAUGGAACCCUGAACAAGAAGCCACUUGUGAGAAAGGGCAAGACACUAUUUCUCUAUAGCCCAGAAGACGUCGAAGUACAUACGCCUUGUUCAAUCAUACAUAAUUUCCUUCCGGUAGAGCAAGCGGAUGCACUGCUUUCGCAAUUACUGGACGCCUCGUCGACCUACGACAGGUACGAGUUCAAGCUGUUCGACAGAGUUGUUGUAAGCCCACACACGUACUCUUUCUACGUCAACAGCUUAGAAGAGGCGGAACGACAAAAGACGGAAUACAUCUACAACGGUGGCCAGAUCGAGGUAAGGACCGCUGACAAGAAACACCACCAAGAUGCUAAUUCCACCCAGGAUGUCCGACAAAGCCUCCCAGAAAUGCUCAACGCAUGCCCCCAGGUCGAAGACGCCGUCAACCGCGAAAUCCAACGCAGAAUCCGCGACUUCUACCCCAACGGCAAGAAACUCAAAUACCAAUCCCCUCACCCCUGGAAAGCCAACACCGCCUUCGUCAACUGCUACGACGGACCACAAGAAAGCGUCGGAUACCACGCCGACCAACUCACCUACCUCGGUCCACGAGCCGUCAUCGGCAGUCUAAGCCUCGGCGUAGCGCGCGAAUUCCGGGUCCGCAAGACCGUCGCCGAAGACGACGAGCACCGAAAAGACGACGGUUCUCUCGCGGACGCCCAAGGCCAAAUCAGCAUUCAUUUACCACACAACUCGCUCCUGGUCAUGCAUGCAGAGAUGCAAGAAGAAUGGAAGCACUCGAUUGCGCCGGCCCAAGCUAUCGAUCCUCAUCCGCUUGCGAAAAACAAGCGGCUUAAUAUCACGUAUCGGUUCUAUAAGGAUAGCCUCCAUCCGAGGUUUACGCCGAAAUGCAAGUGUGGUGUUUCGACUGUGUUGAGGUGUGCGACGAGGAAGAAGGAGUCGAGGGGGAGGUAUAUGUGGAUGUGCCAUGCGGGUUAUGUGCCGGGGAGGGAGAGUUGUGGGUUUUUUCAGUGGGCGGAGUUUGAUGAUGAUGGUGAGCCGCCGUGGGCGGAGAAAGUUAAGAUGGAAGACAAAGGGUUGAGCGAGGAAGGGCGGGGGAUGAAGACGGUGAUUGACAGUGGUGUGUUGGCACAUGCCUCUUAA